CGCCCUUCGCCCACCGCGGGGCGCGUGCGCCCGUGUGUGCGUGCAGACGCGCGCGGAGUGGCGGGGCGGUCGGGAGGCUUGCGCGAUGACGUCACGACGGCGCGCGCAGGACGUAACCCCGGCGUGACGCACAGCCCGGCGAGCCCGUUUGUUUUAAUGUGGAAGCAGAUCUUAACAGCAUGAUGUAAAUCAAGCAAGCAAAGGAAAAAAGGAUGUCCAAAGUGGUCUUCCUGGAUUUCAAUAAAGGACCAUUGCAGGAAGCCAUGGAUAUUAGUUGCAGCUCCUUUGUGCUCACUAAGCGUUGAAUAGAUGAGUUGAUGUAUGAGUAAGAGUCACUUGUAGAAAGACAAGGCCACCCAUGAGAAUGGAAUUAAUAUGCAGUAGUUCUCUGUACUGGAAGAUAAUGUUAGUGUCACGCUCUGGAUUCAACAUGGUGACUUCAUCUGUAUAAAUGUACUUAAUGGACAGACCAGCAAUAUGGAUGAUUUAGAGACAAAUACUGGAGUCACUGGUGCUAAAGAAGAAGAAAUCCUAUGCGAUGAUAAUUUUGUAUCGGAGGAAGAAGGUGGCAUUCCCAAACCAGAAGAGAGUGACACAUCAUUUCAGAACAACUCAUUGACUCUGACUGAGGAGCUAUCAAGGGACAGAUCUGAAAAAGCCUUAAGUGGAGGCCAGGCUUCUCUAUUUAUACACACUGGUGCUCCUACUGUUUCUAGUGAAAACUUUAUGUUGUCUAGAGGAACUGCUGUUAAUGGACCAGUUUCACACUCCACCUCAACAAAGACUUCCAUUAUGAAUAAAGGCAGUGUUUCAUUAACCACUGGACAGCCUGGAGGUCAUCUUGCAGAUUCCUGCUCAACUUUGACAGUGGUUCAUGAUCUUCAGCUGCCUGCGAAGAGUACAACACAGAAAUCCAAUCAGCACCAAGUUUUAUUUUUGUUACCUGAUGUAGCACAUGCUAAAAACCUGACUCAUUCCAUUAAAAAUCUACCUACCUCUGCUUCAGUUGGUUGUGAUUCACAGAAAACAGUAGGAAAUAGUGUAGAUAGCACUUUAGUAGACCAAGUAGAAGUUUGUGAGGAUGAUAAAAAUUUACUAUUGAAAGAUGAUUGUGUCGAUACAUUAACAAGCAUUUCCUCAGGUACAGGUGGCUUCAGAUCGGGAUGUGAUCCCAGCUGGGAUCCACAGAAAGAGUUUAUACAGUUUCUUAUGACUAAUGAAGAAACAGUAGAGAAGUCUCCUAUUCACUGUAAGGUAGGGCUAGAAAAGAAGCGAAAAAGGAAAAUGGAUGUUAGUAAAAUAACGCGCUAUACUGAAGACUGUUUUGAUGAUACCAGUUGUAUUCCUAGUAAAUCAAAACUAUUAAAUGUUGAAUUCUUAGAGCAGAAUGAGGAGCUACAAAUAGUAGAACCACAGAAAUAUUCGUUGAGUAAAGUAAAGCCUGAAUCCACAGAUGAAGAGCUGGAAACUGUUGAUGGUAUCCAGCAGCUCAUUUAUAGUCCCACUAGUAACUGUGCAGAAGAUACUUCUCCUGUUCACACUAGCACUUUUCUAUCCAAUACUUUGAAAAACAAAUGUGAAGAGAAUGAUUCUGAACCACCAUCUACUUUCAGUACUGAUGAACCAUCAUUUUAUCCCUGUACAAAGUGCAAUGUGAAUUUUAGAGAGAAGAAACAUCUGCAUAGGCAUAUGAUGUACCAUUUAGAUGGGAACAGUCAUUUCCGGCAUCUGAAUGUCCCCAGGCCCUAUGCGUGUAGGGAGUGCGGAAGGACAUUCCGAGAUCGUAACUCCCUUCUUAAACAUAUGAUAAUUCACCAGGAAAGAAGGCAGAAACUGAUGGAAGAAAUCCGUGAGCUGAAAGAACUUCAGGAUGAGGGUAGGAGUGCACGGUUACAAUGCCCACAGUGUGUAUUUGGUACCAAUUGUCCCAAAACGUUUGUGCAGCAUGCAAAGACCCAUGAAAAAGAUAAAAGAUAUUACUGUUGUGAGGAAUGCAAUUUCAUGGCUGUGACAGAGAAUGAACUGGAAUGCCAUCGAGGGAUCGCUCAUGGAGCAGUAGUCAAAUGUUCAAUUAUUGGUAGCGACUUGUCCCAGAGAAAAACUCAGAAAAAGGCAUCCUUGAAAGAUCCUUUUUUAGGAUCCUCAAGAAAGUCAUCGACGUACAUGUGUAAGCUGUGUCCGUUUGCUACUUCAGCUAGAAGCGUUUUAAAAAAACACAUGGCAUACUUGCAUUCAGCAUCAUGCCUUGAUCCCUUUGGUAGCCAUCUUAGACUAGAGAAAAGAAAAGGCAGUAUAAUAGAAGAAUCUUUAGAUUUUCGUAGCAGGACAAAACAGUUGAUCAGACAUUCUUCUACUUUUCCAAAGAACUCUGCUUUAAAACAGGAUGUAAAAAGAUCAUUUGGCUCUACUUCACAAUCCAGUAACUUCGCAAAACUUCACAAGAGACCCUACAGGAUACAGAAGGCUCGGAAAAGCGUUUCACAGUCAUCUAAACUAAACUCUGCUGAAAAAAAAGACAGCUAUGAAACGGAGGAUGAAAGUUCAUGGGAUAAUGUUGAACUAUGUGAUUACACUACGCAGUCUGUGGAGGAUGAAUCUUACAGUGAUAUUAAUCAGGAGCAUGUAAACCUAUUCCCCAUAUUCAAAGGUAAAAUGGAAGAUAAUGAAGCUGGUGAUAAAUCUUCACUUGGUUAUGAGCAGAAUGAUGGCUUUUAUUUUGAGUAUUACGAAGAUGCUGAGGGUAGUAACUUCUUGCAUGAUUUGCAUGAUCCUCAGAAUUUAGAAAAUGUAGGAUCAGCACUGCCAAAGCAUAAUUCAGUUUUCCACUGGACUGAUUUGUCGCUUGAAAAGAAAUCGUGCCCAUACUGUCCAGCAACCUUUGAAACAGGUGUUGGCUUGUCCAAUCAUGUCAGAGGACAUCUUCACAGAGCUGGACUAAGCUAUGAAGCCCGUCAUGUUGUUUCACCAGAACAGAUAGCAACAAGUGACAAAAUGCAGCAUUUUAAAAGAGCUGGAACAGGGACUCCAGUUAAACGUGUUAGAAAAGCGAUUGAGAAAUCUGAAACUUCCUCUGAACAUACAUGUCAGCUCUGUGGUGGCUGGUUCGAUACUAAAAUUGGAUUGUCUAAUCAUGUGCGAGGACACCUGAAGAGGCUUGGCAAAACCAAGUGGGACGCACACAAGUCUCCCAUCUGUGUUCUGAAUGAGAUGAUGCAAAACGAAGAGAAGUAUGAAAAAAUCCUAAAGGCUUUGAACAGUCGCCGCAUUAUUCCCAGACCAUUUGUUGCUCAGAAAUUUGCAUCAAAUGAUGACUUUUUAUCUCAGAAUGUUAUACCUCUUGAAGCAUACCAUAAUGGCUUAAAGACUGAAGAUAUAUCUGUGUCUGCAUCAGAGGAAGAAGGGCUGAGUUUCCUAAAUGAAUGUGAUGAAACAAAAUCAGUACUACAUGAUGAAAAAAGAAAUCAGUCACUUACACUGAUAGAACUCCUGAAAAACAAGAGGUUAGGAGAAGAAAGGAAUCCUGAUAUUUCCCCUCAAAAGAUUCAUAAUCAAACUGCAAGAAAGAGGUUUGUUCAGAAAUGUGUUCUUCCAUUAAAUGAAGACAGUCCAUUGAUGUAUCAGCCACAAAAAAUGGACUUGACUAUGCAGUCAGGUAUGCCUGUGAAGCUUAGAACGUGUGUGCAUUGCAAUACGACGUUUACAAGUGCUGUUAGCCUGUCCAACCACUUACGCGCUUAUGCACGAAAGAAGAGUGCUGGACUUUUGACUGGGACAGCUUUAGACUGUAAACAAAAGAAGUCAAGGUCAAGAUCUGGAAGCAAGAAGAAAAUGCUGCCGUUACCUCAUAGUGCUGAUGAAGUUUACAUACUCAGAUGCAGGUUUUGUGGUCUGGUCUUUCGAGGACCUUUGUCUGUUCAAGAAGACUGGAUAAAGCACUUGCAGCGACACAUUGUCAACGCAAAUCUUCCACGGACUGGAGCUGGCAUGGUUGAGGUCACAUCACUACUUAAAAAGCCUGCCUCAAUUACUGAAACUUCAUUUUCUUUACUGAUGGCAGAAGCAGCAUCAUAGAACACAGAAACAUUUUAAAUUUUAAUUGGAUGUAAAUUUGAAAUACUUAAUCAUUUUUUAAAGUAAAUGGCUACACUAAAUUAUGUUUAUAAAUGCUAAAGACAGAAAAUAGAGGAAGUGGAUUACAGUAACAUCAAAAUAAAUUGAAUACUUAACAGUUACAGUAAGUAGUCUUUAUAUUUUAUAUAGGGUGGAAGAUGUGUUUUUAAGGUUUAUUAUGUUUUUGUCAGUUACUGUGUUCACUAUCAAUACAAGACCAUUAUAUGUAUGGCAGCCAUUUUUAAAUUGUUGCACAUGGGUACUUAAAGGACAGAUUUUAAUAAAGCAAAGAAACCACGUUCUCUUCAGUGUUACCCAAAUCAAGGUUCUGUUUAUUCCAAAAAGAAUUACAUAGUAAAAUAAGAUACUAUUAUAUUUUGUUUGUAUGUAUGUAGUGUUUUGUAUAAUACCAAGAACUGCUAAUACAAUUUACUCAACUUAGGGCAUUAAAUACCAUGUACUUCAUAGUUCAAAGAGACUGUUUCGUUCAAAUAGGGCAAUUAGUACUAUUCUAUCUAGGUGUGUAAGUGUUUUUUUAAAUCACGUGAGGCUUUUUGUACUAAAAAGUGGAGGGAAACUUGUUUAAACAAAUUUCUAAGAGAAAUAUGUACAUAAUACUGGAAAUUUGUGGUAAGGAAAUAUUCUUUACUUCAGUUGCAUUUCUCACUGACAAUAAAGUGGUGCAUCCAUGCUACCUCCUACUUGUCAACAAAGAUGGUAUUUACCCUUAUGUUUUUGUAUCAUAGUAGAUUCAGUCCAACUUUCUUUAUUACAAAGCAUCUUUUUGUUAACAAGUUUGUUACUUUUAUGACAAUUUACUUAAAGUCUGACUUGCUUACAGAAGUUUGCCUCUACUAUUUUAUUUAACACUGUAGAAAUGUACUAAUAAGCAUUGCUCACUACACGGUUAGAGUAGGCUUUUCAUUUAUAAUUCUGUUUAAAAGAUUGAUCAUUUUAGAAAAUUCAAACACAGAUUGAAAUGUUUCCACAUAUGAAGAGAAUGUUUACAACUUAAAUUUUAGAGCUUGUUUUGGAUGUGAUUAUAUGUAUGAAAACUGUAACACUAUGCUCAUGCUAAGGACCUACUUACAGAAUUAUUGAAAUAAAUGUGCUGUGAGGAUGGAAAUAUGGUGCAGGUGUCUUGGUCAUGAUGAAUUGUGUUUGUUCAUUUAAACUGUCUUCAGAACAUGAUUUUUGUUUAAAUCAAAUUAGAUUCCUCUACAAAUCAAUUUUGUAUGCAAGUAACAUUUCAUUUUACUCAUAUAGGGUAACAGAUACUGUAGUUAAGCCAAGGAUAUGCAUUGAUAUUUUCUUUAUAUGUAAAUAAAGUUAAAAGCAGUUAAAGCAAGAGGAGUAUUUUGGUAGAGUAUAUACAUACCUCACUGCCAGUGAAAUUGCUUUCCUAUGGUAUAUCUCCUUACCAGAAAAAUCUCUAAAUAAAAAGGUUUAAAGAAAAUCUAAAUGUCUAUAAUGUGAAGCAUUUAUUUGCAUUGUGUGAAUUAAGUUUGUGGAAUUGAUUUGUCUUGCUUGAGGUUAGAAUCUUCUCAUGAUCUUAAGUAAAAGUACAUUUACUUGCAAUAAACUGAAUUGUUCACAGA